CAUUUCUCCAGCAUUCGUUAGUCGGAGUUCGAUUGGAUUGGACCUUUCUCUUGCAACAAACCUAUUGACAAAAGACUGCAGAGAUUACGCACUGACGUGGAUUAACUCAUCAAGAACACAACAACCCGUGGUAGAAGAGGAAGUCACGGUGUAAUCACAGAAAAAAACAGUCGAAACCUUAGCCAAUCAAUUAGGCGACUUCUCUAGCCUCAACGAAUCAGUUGAUAAUUUGCUUCCUCCAGCUAAUCGAGGCCGAGACAGACGGCCGAACAUCAUCGCCGACUCUCGUCUGAUAUUGGAACCGUUCGGUGACGGAAGAGUGCCAAGGAUUGACACGAUAGUGCCACGAUAAUGCGUUCUUUGACCCCUGCUACGAUGUUGCUGCUGUUGCUGUCCCUGGUUGGCAGUUUAUUUCACCUGACGAACGGACAAGAUCUGCCAUAUUACAUGCACCGCUGCUCACGAGAUGAUCCGGAAGUGAACGAAUGUCUAAAAUAUUCGGCCAACAAACUGGCCAGACAUCUUAGGGAAGGAGGCAUUCCAGAAAUCGGAAUUGUUGAUGUGGAACCGGUUAUCGUGGAUGAGAUCACUAUCGCACUCGGCAGCGGACCCGAUGGGUAUCGAGCUUCCUUCAAGAACAUCGAAGCCUUUGGAGUUAGCAAUCUGACCGUGAUGAAUGUUCGUUCCGAUAUCGACACUUUGCAGAUGCAGAUGACUUUCGAAAUUCCGAAAAUCAAAGCCCGAGCCCAGUACAAAUCUUCCGGUGUUCUACUGUUGCUGCAAGCUUCCGGUUCCGGGGAUUACUGGGGCGAGUACGACGGAGUCAAAGCAAAGAUAUACUUCAAGGCUUCACCGUACCAAGGGGACGAUGGACUUACCUACAUGAACGUGGACCAAGCCAAAAUGGACUUCAGUGUGAAGGAUAUCAAAAUGGGAGUGGAAAACGACUCCAACCAGAACCCAAUCAUUCAUGCCGCAAUGAACUUGUUCAUCAACUCGAACGCACAGGAGCUGCUGAGGGAGAUGAAACCACAGUUGCGGGUGAAACUGACCGAGCAUCUGCACUCUUUCAUGCAGCAAAUCUUCGACAGAAUACCACUGGAAUAUUGGCUCGACUGAGCUAAUUGAGCGCGCGUCGUCGGCUCGACUAUUAUUUUUAACCAUCUAGCUAGUAGAGACGAUUGUUCGGUAUUCAAAUAUUUCUCAACUUGAAUCUCAUCCGUUUAUUUAUGAUCGUGAUAAAUUUGGCAUUUAUGUACCUACUUGCCGUUCGACGCGGAACUUCACAACAAAGAGAAUGUUUGUCAUUUUCAGUUUGCGACGCACAUUCCGGGUCCGGUAGCGAUUGACGCAAUUAUUUGCGAAUUUUACAGGAAAUUAAGUGAUUGAAAAUAAAUAUUGAUCCUAGUA